AUGACAGCGACCUCGCAGGCCCCUGACUAUGGCCCCGAGGAGGCCGCCCCUGAGGUGCCCAAGGUGCCCGCUGAGCCCUCUGGACCAGGGGCCCCAUUGGAGCCCACGGGAGAGGAGCAGGCUCCCGUGGCCGCCCCCGAGGCUCCUGUCCCCGCGGCCCCGCAGGCCCCUGACCAGGACGUGCCCAGUGCCCCCCUGAAGCUGACCAUCGAGGACGUGAGCGACAGCUCAGUGACCGUGAGCUGGGAGCCCCCAGAGAGUCUGGGGACUCAGGGCCUGCAGGGCUACGUGCUGGAGCUUCGCAAGGAGGGAGCCUCGGAGUGGGUGCCCGUGAACGCCAGGCCCAUGAUGGUGACCCAGCAGACCGUGCGGAACCUGGCCCCGGGAGACAAGUUCUUCCUGCGCGUGGCUGCCACGAACCCCGCGGGGGCCGGGCCCCCCGCCACGCUGGACCAGCCCGUCCACAUCCGGGAGAUCAUCGAGCCCCCCAGGAUCCGAGUGCCCCGCCACCUGCGCCAGACCUACCUCCGCCAGGUGGGAGAGAUGGUCAACCUGCAAAUCCCCUUCCAGGGGAACCCCAAGCCCCAAGUCUCGUGGACCCACAACGGCCUCGCUCUGGACGGCAAGAGAGUGAGCGUGCGCAACGGAGACCAGGACUCCAUCCUCUUCAUCCGCUCGGCCCAGCGUGAGGACUCGGGCUGCUACGAGCUCACCGUGCGGCUGGAAACACUGGAGGCCCGGGCGGCCAUCAACAUCCUGGUCAUCGAGAAGCCCAACCCACCCAGCAGCGUCCGGCUGGUGGACGUCUGGGGCUGCAACGUGGCCCUCGAGUGGACGCCGCCCCAGGACACCGGCAACACUGAGCUCCUGGGCUACACGGUGCAGAAGGCGGACAAGAAGACACAGCAAUGGUUCACCGUGCUGGAGCGCUACCACCCGACCACCUGCACCGUCUCCGACCUCAUCGUGGGCAACUCAUACUCCUUCCGCGUCUUCUCAGAAAACGUAUGUGGGCUCAGCGACUCGCCCGCCAUCACCAAGGAGCUGGCUCACAUCCGGAAGACAGACAUUGUUGCCAAACUUAAGGAGUUUGUUGAGAGAGACUUCUCAGAAGCCCCUUCCUUCACCCAGCCCCUGGCUGAUCACACCACCACCUCCGGCUACAGCACCCAGCUCUCCUGCAGCGUCCGAGCGUCGCCCAAGCCCAAGAUCAUCUGGAUGAAGAACAACAUGAACAUCCUGGGGAACCCCAAGUACCGCACCUUCUCCGAGCAAGGCGUCUACACCCUGGAGAUCCGGAAGCCCAGCCCCUUUGACUCCGGGGUCUACACCUGCAAGGCCGUCAACAUGCUGGGGGAGGCGUCCGUGGACUGCCGGCUGGAGGUCAAAGCCACACACUGA